AUGGGUACAGUGUUGGCCACUACCUCACGGUCCGUUUCUUUUUUGACUCUUUUCUCGAUAGAUUCUUUCUCGCAGCCGAUUCACAGCCAAGCAGAAAUCACUGCGAAUUCGGACAUCUUUGCACUUGUCGCCAAACUAGACAGCACCAACAUAGACGACUGCCAGCAACGGGUUAGCGAGCUCGUACGCAAACAGGGCCAUUCCAUUCUUAUCUACUUUCUGCGCUGUUUGCUUACUGUUCACGGUCUGCUUUCAGCUCCAGAAGAAGACACUCAAGCACCGAGACUCCACGCAAACGCUGACACAGUAGCCUCGGCCAUUCAAGGGACACUUGGCUCAGCCUCCGAUUCACUCGCCACUGUCGGCCUCUUACUUCAAGCAAUCGAUACACCCGGCAGCGAGCCCCCUGUUACGCUUCAGCAAAUACUCGCGCUCAUCGACAACGACUACUGGGCAUCCACUGCUCUUGUUUCAACACUUUACAACUCGACAAACGCUACCCUCGCUGCUCAGUCGCGGAUACUUCUUGGCAGCUUACUCUCACGGUUCCCCGACCAACACCGGCAGCUCCCAGACCCACACCCUCCCAUUGCCUCGUUUGUUAUCAGCAACCUUGCACUGAUUAGCGGCAGCGGCGCUUCAGUUACAACACCACCAACACCACACACAGCCAACAUGGGCCUAGCCGAACAUCUGGCAAGCAAAGGCUCCAAUGUCGCAGUAGCGGACGUUAUUGCCGACUUGGUCAAAAGCCAGACAGCAAGCAGCGACGCGCACAGCGGCGAUAUGGUAGCAAGGCUACUCUCGACCGACGACGUGGCACAGGCGAUGGCGCUGAUCGCGUCAAGCGUCGACAAUAAAGACGGGUGGAGCGCAGAAAACUUCGCCAAGGGCGUGCGCCAGUUCUGCCCGAACAUGAGCUGGGAUGAUGUCAUAUACAAACUCUCAAAGUCGAGCCUCAACGUGCGCGACGAGGCCGGGGCUCUGUUCAUUGUCAGCACAUAUGUCGCAGCCACUGCUGGCCAGGGAAAAGUAUUCCCCUGCGCGUUUAUGUACGAGAUCUGGCCCAACUCGCAGGCGCAGGUGGCGUUCCUCCACUUCGCACUGCACUCGAGCGCGAUGGCACCGCACCUGGUCGACAAGCAGAUGCCGACUGUCUCGGCAGAGCCGCUGGAGACUCUGUACCUGGUCUACCACACCGAAUUCUCGCGCAUGCUGAAUUCGCCGUGGAACUCGCUCUCGCUAAUCCUCGCCCUGUCGCACUUGCUUGACAGCGCUGCCGGUGACGACGCGCGCGCUUUGCUUGACCACGGAAUCGCCACCGAGCCGCUGCUUGUCACGCUGGCACUUGCCAGACUCAAGGUGCAGCAUCCGCGCCUGCAGACGUUGCUCCAGCAAAAUGUCGUGCUGUUCCUGAAGCGCGAGCUGUCCAACAGCCGGCUGUUCUUUGAGCUGUUCCGUGUCUGCGAGAAGAAGGUCAUGCUUGCGUUCUUCUGCAACCUGCAGCGCAAGGACCAGUCGUUUGUCCGCUUCAUCCUGGACACACUGCUCUAUCUUGGCAUCUUCAACGAGCUGGUGCUGGCGCCGAAGCGCGAGGACAUCAUGAUGCUCGACUUCAUUAUCGAGCUGGCCGUGUUUGCAUCUCGCCGUGGCUACAUCCAGUUUGAGUCCUGGUUCACCAAUCUGCUGGAGGAGCUUGGUAAUGACAUGCUUCAUGUGUCGCUUGAGAUUCUGCACGGCAAGAUCCAGCUUGAGGCUGCCCGCCAGCGCAACGAGGACACGGGUAUGACGGCGUAUCUGUCAUCCGAGCUGACAACGAUCUUCAAGGCGCUCGGCCUGAUGCCCAUGUCGCCCAACAACACAGCUAACCUAAAGGCGCUCUACAUGCAGUUCACUGAGCUGGCUGGGGAGCUUGAUCGCGCGGAAAACAUGCAUGGAAACGACGACGCACGCAUCGAGAAGGAGGCAGAGAACCUGUUCUUGCGUCUGUACCGCGGCGAGCAGUCGGUUGAUCGGAUGGUCGAUGUUCUGGGCGAACUGCGCGAUUCGUUCCAGCUGUACAUGCGCAAGGUGUACGCACACGUCGUGCAGUAUCCGCUGGAGGAAUUUGCGUUUUUCAACAACUACCCGGCAAAGGAGCUCAAGAUCACUGGCCAGCUGGUUGGAGGGCUGAUACAGCGCCACAUGCUGGGACCAGUCAGCGAGUCAGCAAUGCUCGACAUGCUUGUCAGGGCACUGCAGUCGGCGCCCGACUCCAACCCUUUCAGGUUUGGCAUGGCGGCCCUGGAGGGAUUCCCAGAGCGCAUCGAGCAGCUCCCCAUCUUCUGCACCGGGAUCUACAUGAUUCCAGCCAUUCGCCAGAACACGACGUCGCCUGCCAUCCGCCUGAUUCACUCGAUUGUUUCGUCGUCGGUCCCGCAGCCCGGGGCUACAAGCGAGUCGGGCAACGGCAGUCGCCCAGGCUCUGUCCCCAAUCGGUCAGCCUCAGUUGCCACCCAAGCGGUUCGGUCUCACGAUGGCGGCUCGGCAACGCCUGGGUCCCAGUUGUUCCGCAGCGUCCAGCCAUCGGCAGUUCCGGAUAUUGGAGAGCCGUUUGUUGAGCCUCGGGAAGACGCCAAGGACAAGAUCCAGUUUGCAGUGAACAACCUGUCGCAGACCAACUUGGUCGAGAAAACCAAGGAGGUGGCUAAGGUCUUGCAGCCAAAGCACUAUGUCUGGUUCAGCCAGGACAUCAUUGUCAAGCGCGCCAGCCAGGAGCCCAACUACCACUCUCUGUACCAGCAGUUUGUCGACGCCUUGGAGCGGCCGCUUCUCAACCAGUGCAUUCUACGCGAGACCCUGUCGAGUGUAGCACUGCUGCUCAACGCCGAGAGCACUAUCAGCAGUUCGCGCGACCGCGGGUACCUAAAGAACCUUGGCGCCUGGCUUGGCGGCAUCACCCUAGCCCGAAACCAGCCGAUUCUGCGCGAGAACGUGUCAUUCAAGGACCUCUUAUGCGAGGGAUUCGAGGGCGGACGUCUUCUUGUCGCAAUUCCGUUUGUGUGCAAAGUGCUUGAGCAGGCUGCGCGUUCAACGAUCUUCCACUCGCCCAACCCGUGGCUUAUGAGCAUCAUGGGCGUGCUGGCCGAGCUGUACGUGACUGCCAACCUGAAGCUGAAUCUGACGUUCGAGAUUGAGGUUCUGUGCAAGGCACUGAACCUGGACGUGAAGGAUAUUGCACCGACGUCGUUGCUCAGCAGCAAGGCCCGCGGCGCCAUCGACUCUCUAACGAUGGAUAUGGCACAGGUAUCGAUCGGUGGCAACGGCGGACGCAGCUCAGUGGGUGCCGGUACCCCCGGCCCAUAUGGCCCUGGCAACAGCGUGAUUCAGAUGCCAACGCUCACUGGCAACGAUAUCAACGUCGAUAUCCUCGGAGUGCUUGCUCAGCAUGCGCUGUUCCAGGCGGCCGAAGCGCUAUUCACGCAGCAGCCGACGAUGAAGAAGGUGUUCUACAUGCUGAUGGAGCGCAUGAUCCGCGAGAUCAUCCCAAUCCACGUGGCUCGCUCGAUCUAUGUUGCCGUCAGCUGCACGCGCGACACAAUCCAGAAGGACUUUUGUGGGGAGCCCAACGAGGAGCAUGUGCACCGCGCUGCUCAGGUCAUGGCACGCGGAUUGGCAGGCGCACUGGCAGUUAGCCUUUGCCGCGAGCAGCUGAAGAACAAGCUGUAUCUGACGAUGCGCGAGUUUUUGAUCGGCCACUCGAUCCCCGAGCAGACGGCCAACAACAUCGCUGUGGGGCUUGUCGCCGACAACCUGGACCUGGCCUGCGCCAUUGCUGAGAAGGAGUCGAUUGAGCGUGCUUCAAUCCAGAUCGACACUCUGCUCAGCGAUGCGUAUGUCGCUCGCAAGCGCACACGCGAGCGCACCGGCCAGCCGUACUACGACAUUGCUCGGUAUGGGCGCCUGGCUUACCCGCCAGACUUCCCCGAUGUUCUCAAGGUGCGUCUGAACGGCCUGCAGCCCGGGCAUCUUCGCGUCUAUGAGGACUUUACUCAGAUUCCGCACUUCUUCAGCCAGAUCCACAACGCGGUGCCGGGUGGUGCAGCAGCACCUAUGGCAUCUGCUCUGUCGCAAGUCGCCGAUGAGACCGCACUUGUCUCGCCGGAUGGUGGCGAUGGGGCUGGCGAUUCAGGACCCAAGAUGGCGGUCCAGCAGUGCUUUGACCAGUUUGCAGCAAAGCUGGCGGAGCUGGACAAGCUUAUGUCGACAGCAACGCCCAACAUCACGCUGGCCUCGCUUCCAUCUGACCACGAGGUCUGCAUGCUUGCCAGGGAUAUCCUGCUGCUGCAGCACCGCUCUGUUAGUCUUGAGGACACAUCGAUGGACUUUGCCCACGCGCUGGUCAACUACCUGUACCGCUCAGAGACGCAGUUGGGCAUCGGUCUGUACGUCUUGCUGCUUGCGCGCGUUUGCGAGCAGUCGGCACGUGUGGCCAAGGAGGUGAUGAGCUGGCUCGCUUACGCUGACGACGAUCGCAAGGACAACGUGCCAGUAGCGCUUGCACUGAUCAACGAGCGGUUGCUAAGCACUGCCGACGAGGACGCGCGCCUUGCCCGGCACAUCGAGGGCGGCUUCCUGCAGGCGAUCGACUACGCAGUGAAGUUUGUGCGUCGCGCUGUUGUUGAGGGCGCUCUCCCGGCAACAGCCCAGACAUUCCCGAAGGCAAUCCAGGCGUUUGUGGCCCUGGCACAGAGCGGCCGGGCGCCGCAGGCCGUUACGCAGCUGCUUGAAGAUAUCCAAGCGUCGCAGCAGGCUAGCCGCACCCCGCGGCAUUCCCAGGAUGGUGGCUCCCAGGCACCUCCUGAGGCUCUGCAGCAGCAGCAGCAGCCGCAGCCACAGCCACAGCCACAGGCCCAGCAGCAACAGCAGCAACAGCAACAGCCACCGGUACAACAGUCUGUCCCAGCUGAGGCGGCGCCUGUCAUUCCAGUGGCUCCUGCGGCCAAUGCCACACCCGGCGCACCUAUUAUCCCUGCCUCAGCACGUAGCCAAGAGGCAGCAAGUUACCAGCAGAUCCUGUACAACUGGACGCGCGUGUGCGAGCACCCAGCAGCCAGUGAAGCUGAGCUGACUACGCUGGUGCAGCAGCUGAGCCAGCAGGUCCCGCUACAUGACCACAAUGUCUCGGCAGCGUUCUUCUGUGCCAACAUCGAGUCAGUGGUUGACUUUUAUAGCCGCUCGAUCGUCGCGGCUCGUGCUGGUGCGCGGGCUGGCAGCUCGACGUCGGGCAUCGGAUACCAGGUGGCGGAUGCGCUGGCGAAGCUUGUGGUGUACCUGAUCAAGCUUGGGCCCAAGGAUAGCGAUGGUAAGGUGGACACAGGCAUCCUGCGCAUAUUUUUGUCAAGCGUUGUGCUGGUUAUUGUACAGACGCACGCGACGCAGCCGGACGUGUUUGGCGCGCACCAGCGGCCGCUGUUCCGCAUUGUAGCCAGCCUGUUCCACGAGCUCAACGUGUGCCGGCGUGCAGGCGAGGCGUGGUGUGGUGGCAGCAAUAUGCGCGAGACCGUGCAAGUGAUCGGCGACUCGCUGGCUUUGCUUAACCCGUCGUUUGUGCCUGGCUUCAGCUUCUCGUGGCUGAUGCUGGUGUCGCAUCGGCACUUCUUCCCGCUGCUGAUGCAGGAGAAGGAGCUGUGGCCGCUGGCGUCGCAGUUGCUGGCAGAGCUGAUUGGGUUCCUGCAGCCGUUCAUUGUGGCGAACCAGGUGGUUGACUCGCUGAAGCUGCUGUACCGCGGCAUGGUAUGCGUGAUCCUGGUUGUUCUGCACGACUACCCGGAGUUCUUGGCCGAGUAUGCGCUCAGCCUGUGCAACGGAAUUCCCACCAACUGCGUACAGCUGCGCAAUCUGCUGCUGAGCGCAUAUCCACGAGAGAUGCGGCUGCCUGAGCCGCUGACACCGAACCUGAAGAUCGAUCUGCUGCCCGAUGUGUCGCGCAGCCCGCCGAUUCCGUUCGAAUACACUGCAGACCUUGAGAAGGCCGAGCUGAAGGACGUGCUUGAGCAGUAUCUGAAGACUGGGGCGCCAGGCACGGCAGUCAAGACCAUGGGUGCGCGGCUGCUUGCGAAGCAGGCGGUCGGUGGGCAGCAGGCGGUGCCGAGUGAGAGCUGCUACAGCGUGGGGCUGAUCAACGCAUUUGUGCUGCAUGCAGUGGUGACGAUCACGGGAACCGAGGACAGUGCUGCUCGCGAGACGUCGCAGCGCUUGGCGCUGGAUAUGUUCCGGCAGAUGCUGAGCGAGGCUGACGCCGAGGCCAGCUACUUGCUGGUCAACGCGAUUGCGAACCAGCUGCGGUUCCCGUCGUCGCACACGUACCUGUGCUCGCGCAUUGUUUUGGCGCUGUUCUCCAAGAGCGACGAGCGUGUUCGCGAGCACAUUGCCAGGGCACUGGUGGAGCGGAUCCUGGUGAACCGGCCGUUCCCGUGGGGCCUGCUGGUGACGCUGAUUGAGCUGCUGCGCAACCCGUACUACAGCUUCUGGGACCGGCCGUUCACCAAGCGGUCGGCGCAGAUCGCAGAGAUUCUGCAGGCGGUGGCCAAGAGUAUCCACCCCGUUGGAGCUCCGGCGCAGCACCAGCCACACGGUGGUGAGGCGGGUGCGGCAGUCUCGGCAGCGCAGGCAGCAGUCUCGCAGCCACACGCGUGAGG